AUGAGCUCAUCAGCCGAAUUGCAUGAAUUGCGAAACGCAUUCGAUCGAUUUUCCGUGUGGAUAUUAAUGCGCUAUGCGUGCAAUCCAAAUGCUACGAUCGUCAACUUGUUGCACGGGAAAAACAUUCAUCCCAAAUUGUCCAACUACAUGAUAGUGCUAACAUCCGAUGGAAAGGGUAAUGAAUUGGAGCUCUCAGUGCUAGAAUUUCAUCUCACAAAGGCACAGUUUGAAGCUGUUACGAAAAUCACCCGACAGCAACAAAUCGAACAGAUGGUGGAGGAUUUAAAUUUACCUUCCAAAUACUUCUUCCAGCAUUACAUUCACAUUGCUAACGAGUUUCCACCUGCAGAAGAGUCAUACGGUCUGAAGCUUUUAAAAAAUAGCGAUCUAAAUUCGAUCGACUUAUCUAUGGUACCAACCAACGCCCUCUGCCUGAUAAGUGCCGCACGUGAACAGUGCAAUGCGAUAAGCAAAAACGUGUACGACAUUACCUUACAGCGCAGUGGCCAAACAGUGCGACAAUUAUUGCAACAAAUCCCAUCCAUGGCAAGAACAAAAAAGCUCUCGCCUGCAAAGAUAUACUAUCCAAUCGCUCCAAAACCUGUUAAUGGUAUCAAGCUGGAAGAUUUAUCGUCCCUUCUAAAAACGACCGAAGGCCAAGCACCUUUAGGACUUUUUCUCGUACGACAAGCGGUACUGAAAGAUAUUGAACGGUACGUAAAAAAAGCCUGCUUAGAUCGGUUGGAAGAUGUGUCCCCGGAAACUUGGUUUCUGGUGAGUGAAACAAUUCCGUUUGAAAGCACCACGUUUCCGUAUCACUCAACCGUACACGAGGUAGCAUACGUGCAAGACUAUGGUAUAGUGUUUUGGUUGCGCAGCCGAGGACCAGCGAAGACUUCCGUUGGGAAAUAUUUCACAAUAAACUGUUGGAAUGAGUAUGAUGCGGUUCCACCGGCAACUGGCUGGCUGAAUGUGUUGGUGUCUAAUGAAACCGAUGGAAGUACUACCUACCUGCAGCGUUUUGCCGAAAAAGCUCAGCAAAUGGAUCCGUUUCAAGCGAUCGUUCUUUUACAAGCUAUUGAUGUGAUGAGUGUUCUACAAAAUCCUGAAGGAACGGUACUUCGUAAGCUUUGCCGCUUGUUUGAUGCAGAAAGCGAUGAAGAACGUGCCAUGGUAGCUACCGUGCAGCUGGUACUGCUGAUAGACCACGCGAUCGCGGACAAUGGGUCAGAUGUAAUGGCGCAAGCUUUGGUUCAAUUGUUGAACUCUCUGGACGAUAACACUCGCCAGCGUAUGACCGUUUGGAUCGUUGGAGAUGAUCUUCUAUGGACAUGUGUUGCAAGCAACUGUAAGCAUUCCGCCAUUAAGCACACUAUCCCAAAGUUGGUGGAAGAACAGUGGAAUGAAUGCUUAUCCCAAAUGCUUAAGAAAGAGGACACCGAUGAGGUGGACUCGAUCGCAAAGCGCAUAAUUGCAAGCAAUAGUCGAAGCGUGGGUCAUGAUCUUUUUGGAAACGUGUUUGUAAUUAGCGUCCUGUCGGAAAGUGUAUCGUCCUACUGGUGGAUCGAUGCAAUGGAACGUUACGUGUGGGAACACAUCGCACCUCCAAACAGCCAAGAAUUGGAUGAUCUGGAGAAGUAUUGCUAUGAGCGUAUAUUUGAAAAUUACUCCGAUUGUAUGAAGAAUUUUUCCUCACGCAGUGUUGUAAAGCAUCGAACACUUCAAACAUUGCUGGCGGCAAGAUAUCUCACCAAGUACCCACAUUUGAUCGACAUUGUAAAGUGCCGUAAAAUAGGGUUCGAUUUAAUCGAUCUUUUACUAUUCCGGCACAGCUCGGUAGCGAUCGCAGUGCUUCAUCAUGAUCUGGAAACUGUACGUGGAAGCACACUGGAACAGCUAACCUCAACCGCCGAUUGUUUGCAUCGAAAUCUUCUCCAUGUGGUGCACAACUCGAGGGAAAUUGGAGAAAUUUUACUUGCGUCAGGAAUUGCCUUCGAUCAGCAAUGUGCUGCACAGCUGAACAGUUGGACACCGAUACUCGUGGCCGAGGAUCGCUGUGAUUGGCCAAUCGUUGACAGUUUAUUAGCGAAAGGAGCUACACUGUCGGACCGGAACUCAAAACUCCACACCAUGCCGGAAUCCGAAUUAUCCGACGUGUUUUGCGACUGUAUUGCAGAAAACUGUCCGGCACUUAUUGUGUGGAUUUUGGAAAAUCGUCCCAAUUAUCAAAUUACCCAGCAAAACAUUUACUCCUUAUCGGUGUACGAAGAGUUCCGAGAUGGUGAUCUGCUCUUUCGUAUACUGACACUUGCCCAAGAGCAAGGACUUCCGAAAAAAGAACCACCAUACCGGUACAUCUUUGACAACACUGCACUGGACAAUGCGGUCGAAGAUGAUCGUAUUGAGAUGGCAAUUUUUCUCGUAGAACGACUCCACUUUGAGCCAACCGAAGAAUUCCAACGAUUAAGAGCACGGUACCAGAAAAAUCCGCAAUUAAAAAGCUACAAGCGGAUGUUUGAACUUUGUAGAGAUGGUGAGCUGGGUAAGGUGCAAGCUAUGAUUGAAGAGGACGGGCUCGAUCCACAUUACGAGUACGAUGGUAGUAAUCUGCUGAUUCAAGCAGCAGCUAGUGGAAGUAUUGAGCUGGUUCAAUAUCUCUUCGAAUCGCAUUGUUUCAGGGAUCGGUUGGAUGAUUGCGAUCAGCACGGUUGUUCCGCAUUGUCGGAAGCUUUAGUCAGAGAUCAUCAACCGAUCGUACAGUUCUUGCUCGAUCAUAAUGCAACGGUAAAACCAAAGUGGAUAGAAUAUUGCCCCAAUAAGCUACCGGCCUAUAGCGUAAAGGUAGAUACAGAGGAUUUCCUAUCGCUCGUAGCAUGUGAUCGAGAAAAGCUGGAACAACUAACAAUCGAUUACAGUCGUUUCGAGGUUGGUGAACUCUUGUUGCAUUGCUACAUCCGAUAUGUGGAGGAACCGAAUGAAGAUACGUUCCGAUUUCUGCUCUCCCAAUACGACAAUGUGGACGUACGAACAGAUGAGUCCUCCGAGGUACGGUGCGGAGAAACGCCACUUCAUAUCGCUCUGCUGAGCGGUAAUAAGCGGUGCAUAGAACUGUUGCUAGCAGCGGGUGCAGAUAUUUACGCGAAAUCACUUAAGCAUGAACUUACCUCGUUCCACUACGCCAUCAUGGGUGGAGCUGAUCGAUCGCUUAUAAAACGACUAAUCGAGGAGUAUGGGUUCGAUGUGAAUGUGCGCGAUGCACGUGGUCGUACGAUCAGUUUCUACAUGCCGCUAAACACCGAUCUAUACGAUUGGUUGACCGAUCAGUACCAGUUCGAUCCUUGUGCCCGCGAUAACGAUGGACGUUCGUUGCUUCACCAUCGGGUAAUCAGCAACAGCUUCUUCGGACAGGCGGAAAUUGAAUAUCUGCUGCGGAUGCCCCAACACUUCUCGCCAUCACACACGGACAAUUGGGGUCGACUGCCGUUACAUUAUGCGGUGGAGAUGAAUAAUUUGACGAUCGUUCGACUGUUGCUAAAAUAUAGACCGGAUCUGGGCGAUGUUCCGGACGGUAAAGGUGUGACAGCGAUUCAGCUUGCACGCGAUCUAAACCAUUCAACAGUGUGUGAGUUUUUCUCGAUGUUUAACGAAGGAAAACUGUUAUAG